AUGUCACAGCCAACCUUGAACUCGAGUUUCAGCGGCAUCAAUUUCGUUGGUAUGAAUCGUGGCUCGCGUUUAUCUUAUACGAGUUUGAGGGCACCUUCAGGCGACAAUAGUAUAAACGAGGAGGAGAGACUUUCAACGCCUAACGUCCAUCGACUUGGUGGUAGCGCUGGUGAGAAUAUAUCCACGGUUGAUAAUGGCUCGAGAUUCUCACAACCAGAUGUCAGACGUUUUGCUCUACGUCAGGAUGUACCAGCUAAACGCGAAAGACUCUCUCAGCCUACGCUUCUAUCUGGCGAUUAUUAUCCAAAUCGUGGACAACAGAGAUUGUCCCAACCAUGUUUGUCAACCGUUAGAGACUCCGGUAUACCAACAAUGAUACUACAAUCACCAUCACCACCUCCCAUGAAACACAAAAGAUUUUCACCGAUUUCUGCAGCCACUCAUAGAGAACGUCUAUCCCAAUUGGAUAUUGGCGGGAAGUAUAGAAACUGGAAGGAUCUCUCUAACUCUACGGUAAAAUUCAAUCGUGAUAGAUUCUCGAUACCAGAAUUGGAAACUCAGAAUGAUUUGAAAUUGAUGGCUGGUACACCUAAACAAAGAUACAGUCUUGACAGUCAAUUGACGCGUAAUCAGGAUAGUGGGAGAUCGAGAUUAUUACCGAUAGCUAGCUCUCCGAUCUCCGAACAUCAACAGAGCAAAUUUGAAGAGAUUACUGGUACGGUAAAUGUCGGACCUAAUAAAUUGAAGACACCUACGCGUGAAUGUUUGGAAAGUGUUAUUGUCGCUAGCACAACGCCUAUAUUGCCAUCGGGAGAUCGCAGAAUACUCGACUCUACGAUAGCCCUUAGAUCUAUCUCACCUACGGCCAUUUCAUCUAUAACAACUGGAACAACAUCAACGUCUACGUCGAUCACUACAAACGCAACAAUGGCUAUGAUUAAAGGUAUAUCAACAACUGUCUUACCACCUAGAGAAAGAAUGUCUGUACCAGAGAUCAGAAACUCGAGCUUACGUCGUUUGUUGGAUCCACCGACUAGACAGAGACACAGCAUAACAGGUAAUCUUAGACAAUGUCUACUUUCACCUAGCAAAGUCCAUGACAUAACGAGGAAACCUUACAAAUUUUCUAUCGACGAAGCUUUGGAAAAAUUAAAAAAAGAAAAAGAAAAGGAGAAGGAUAAAGAUAAAGACAAGGAUAAAGAAAAUGUUAAAGAAAAAGAGAAAGAAAAUAUCAUAGCCAAUGAGUCUGAUUUCGAUAUAAUUCAACCCCCGAAACACAUCCAACGUCAUUAUUCUUAUACUUAUGACAUGAACGACGAAGGCACUUCCAUUGGUAAGAUCUCAGUCAGUAGUAUACCUAAGAAGAAAUUUUUAGAGAGUAACUUCGAUGAGAAUGAACAGGUUAUUACAACUGUAAUAGAAACUGAUGUACCAGUCAUAUUAGGUACGCCGAAAUAUUUUAAAAGAAUGCAAGCUUAUUCGAGUGAGACACCUAAAUGGAUCAGAAAGUAUCUAGAUAGUAGCGACGGUCCUAAAUUUGGUAAGAAAAGUACAACGGGCUCUGGUAACAAGGACAGCUCGAAAUCUAGCAGGAAAGGUAGCAGAAGAAAAAGUUCUUUGGAAUCGAUCGAAGCCGAAAAGAAACCAGAGAAUAAAACUCGAUCGAAAUCAGUAAGUAGCGGCGAAAGAAGUCCGAUGAUGAAGAGCACCGGUAUCAGUCAAGAAUUCAUGAACAAUAUUAAAAACACUUACGUCAGAAUCGUGCCAACCAGCAAUAUGCAAGAGAACAGAUAUGAAAUAGCCGUAGGAUCGAGUUGGACUCAAGGUAAUGACAAUCGUGGAUCUUAUGGUGUUGUUGAUGGUGAUGAUACCGAUUCGGAUGAUUCUACCUCUAUUUAAAUGCCAAAGAUAUAGUUAUUUUUCCAAAUGACCGCUAAUUAACAUCGGAAUGACUUGAGAGAAUCUCACCAUUGUAUCGCUUAUAUAAAUAUCACGACUACGCUAUACGCAUAUAUAUAUAUAUAUAUACAUAUAAUAUAUUAUAUAUUGUAUAUUAUAUUAAACUGUAUAUUAUAUCAUAUACCAUAUAUCGUGUGUCACGUUUCAUGCAUUAUUAUACAUAUAUUAUUAUGUUUCUAAAUGUUGAAUUCGUUGAGAAAAAAAUGAUACCAGGAUACAAGUGACACUGAUCAGAAUUCAUUAAAAUAUAAUUUCUAAACUUUUGUUAAAUUAUUUCUUUAUUUUCUUCAAGAUUUUUUUCUUUGUUGCAAUCAAAAUAUUUAAUGUUUUAAGAGAAAAAUUCAUAAGCAAAGUGCAUUACCGUAUGUCAUUUUUAAUUGAAUUUUGUACUUAAAUCGUAUUUUCAACGCAUGAUCUAAUAAAGGUAAUAAGGAAGCAUUAAUUCACACAAUAUAUAAUUAAUUAUUGAUUUCUAUAAUAAUGAUUAUAGAAUAACGAGUCAAUAAGAUAUAAAUGAUAAUAAUGAUGUCAAACAUUGUACAUAUGUCAUUGUUUCAAAAAUUAAAUUAUUCUUUAGAUAUACGAAAGUAUAUAGAGAAUUACUUAUUCGAUACUUUCAUGUUUUCGAUUAUAUUAUUUUUAUUUCCUUAAUGAAUUAAAUAACACAAUUUAUAUAUAUAUAUAUAUCUUUUUUCCUUUUAUACUAAUAUAAUUUUUAUUGUUAUAUUGAUGCUUCAUCAUUAUGAUCUUUAUUAAUGAUAAAGAUUGAAUACAAAUGAAAUCGAUGGUUCCUUGUAUUAAAAUAGCUGAAUUAUUUUUUAAACUGAUACUAGUCAUCCUACUGAACAAAACGAACGUGGUUUAAUAAUUUUUUAUCUCAAUCAAUUACCAAGAUGAUUUCCAACUGGUAUUAGAAAUAUUUGAAAUACUAUUUUAUAUAUUAUGGAUGCCAAAGUAUGUGAAUGUAAAUAAAAUAAUAUUUCAGAUAUACAUAUAAGAAAGAUUAGAAAGUUAAUUAGUUAAAUAAUUUCUUUUAAUACUCAGAAGUUAGAAAUAAUAAUAAUUGAAUAAAAGCGUUUUUAUUAUAAUUUUAUAUUUUUCUCCUUUUCUUUUUAUGUUUCUCUUGAUAUAUUAUUUUAAUAAAAUUAAAGGCAAUAUAGGCCAUCUCAUAUGAUAUUAUCAGAAUAAAAAAUCACAUUUCUCAAAAAGUAACAUCAAUAAACGAGUAAUGUUAAGUUAUAUUUUAAACAAUGCAAAUAAAUCUUUGUAUUAAAAGCUUUAGAAGAAACAUUUGUUUUAUGUAACUGAAUUGUUUCAUAUUACGCUCUCGCAUUACAUUACUUAUGUUGUAUAUUAUUUUAUAACAACAACAAAAAAAUAAAAAAGAAGAAAGAUGUUAGAGCUUUCAAGACUAUAAAAUAACGUAGAUAUUAAAUGUUGUGUAACGUGGAAUAAUAAAUGUUACUGUUGUCAAUAAAA